CAAAAUAUGUUUCAUUAUUGGCUGAUAUAUAUAUAUACAAUUUUUUCACAAACUGAUAACCAAAAUAUGUUUCAUUAUUGGCUGCCAAAUAAUAUAAUUAACUAGUUACUGAUUCAUUAAACAUUGAUGAACCAUUAGUUACAAAUUAAUAAUAUAUCAGAGAGCUGCCUCAUUAAAAAGUGGCACUGACAUUAUUUACUGUCACUAUUAAAUUAUACGAGAGCGUCAUUUCAAAUGUGUUUUUAAAGUAGCACAAAACGCUAUGUUGUCAGUCCAUGAUGCCUCCCUAGGGUGCGCUAGUUAUCAAACAGUAGGUGGCGCCACGCUACCGGCGGCCGUAACUAGUUGUCCAGCCGGAAGUUGUUGAAUAGCCAUGUUCAUCCAUUUGAAUCUGUAGCUGGUUAAGCUAUGCUAACUGUCUGCUGCUUGUUGGCUUGCAGUUGGCUUGCUUGUAGUCAGCUAAAGUUGGGAAAAAAACAAUCUGUAUUAGCUGUAAAUAUUCAAAAGAUGUCGGCUGGUUGUUAGAGCAGUAGUGUGUGUGGAACAAUGUAGCAGCUGUGAAGUAAUGUCAACUCAUCUUGACUUUGUUCGUUUACUAUGAGCUCCCUAUCAGCCCAGCUUCCUGCAUUAAUAAGCACAGCAUGCAGGACACUACCUGGAGAUGGAAAUCAGGUACAACCAAAAGCCCCACUCCUGCAGAUUCUGCGUGUUGCCGGAGCACAGGAAGAAGUCUUCACACUCAAAGAGGUAAUGCACUACUUGGGUCAGUACAUCAUGGGGAAGCAACUAUACGAUAAACAAAGGCAGCACAUAGUCCACUGCCAGGAUGACCCUUUGGGAGAACUGCUGGAGGUGGAGAGCUUCUCUGUCAAAAACCCGAGCCCGGUGUAUGAAAUGCUCAAGAAAUACUUAGUUGUCCUUGGUUCUUCUGACGCUGCAGAGAAUCUUUCUGUGGGCCAUGAAUGUGUAGAGGGCGGAGUGGAGGAUCGUGGUCAGAUGUGUGAAGUUGCGGUCAAAGCAGUCAUUGAGGCUGGCAGUGAUGGGCCUCUCCUGCAAACCCCUUCCCAGCGACGACCUCGGGAGCCAGAUGAUGACUCCCUUGAAAGCCUUCCAAGGUCAGCCUGCAAACGGCCCAAACUGGAUGUUUCUUUGGACGAGUGGGACCUCUCUGGCCUGCCCUGGUGGUUUCUGGGUAAUCUUCGUAGUAACUAUAGCCGCAGGAGCAAUGGCUCUACUGACAUCCACACAAACCAACUGUCUCCUGCACAGGAGGAGGACACGGCCAUUGUGUCGGACACCACCGAUGACCUCUGGUUCCUGACCGAGGGCGGAAGUGAACAGGUGAGUGUGGAGAUGAAGGAGGCUGCACUUGAGGAAGGGAGCAUAGAAGAAGGGGAGGCUCUACCCGAGGACUAUGAUGAAGGAGGAAAGGAGGAGAAAACAGAUCGCGAGAUGCAGGAAGAACCAGAUGAAGACUCUCAGUGCCUAAGCGAUGACACUGAUACAGAGAUCUCCACACAGGAUGCGUGGCAGUGUACUGAGUGCAGAAAGUUUAACACACCUCUCCAGAGGUACUGUGUUCGCUGCUGGGCUCUACGUAAGAACUGGUACAAAGAUGUCCCCCGGCUCGUCCAUUCCCUUUCUGUUCCUGACAUUCCAGCAUGCAGUUCUCUCACUACCAAUGAAGAGGAAGAUGACAGUGACACGGGCAUUGACAUCCCAGACUGCAGCAGGACGGUUUCUGACCCUGUUAUCUUGCCCUCCCACUUCACAGCUGACCGGCCAUUGCCCACUAUGGCCACAGGGAAAGGCAAGGGGCCAUGGCCCUCCAGCUUUCACAAGGAUGAGCAGCUCUCAGGAGGGGAGAGUCAGGGAAAUCUGACCAUGGAGAUUGACGAGGUUAAGCCUGAGGCACUUUUGGAGCCUUGCAAGCUGUGUCGAGUGCGGCCACGCAACGGAAAUAUAAUUCACGGACGUACGGCUCACCUUAUAACCUGUUUCCCGUGUGCAAGAAAGCUACACAAGUUUCAUGCUCCUUGUCCAGGAUGUGGGAAGAUCAUUCAAAAAGUUAUUAAGAUGUUCAUCCUCUAAAUAGAACAUGCAUGCGCAUCUAUUGAGCUGUGGGGAACUCUACAACAACCACAAAGAAAACACAAACACAUUUGACAACACAGAUGCAUGCACUCUGGAUCACACUCUCUACUUGUAGAUACAUUCAAAAUUUGCACCGUACCUGUAAAACCUAUAAUGGUAUACACAAAAUAUAGAACUUGGUGAAGCUUGCUCUUGGUUGCAUGGUUUAUUCUGCAUCACAUUGCCGCUGAAGUAUUUUGUCUUUUGGUUUGUAAUACCAAAGUGGUGCCAGGUUUAAAUAAGGGACAUAUAAAGGCAGACGUAUGCAUUUACUUAUUAAUUAUAUCACCCAAGAGUGCAUGUUUGUGUGGUAUUUAAUGAAAACUAGUUUGGUUUUUUUAGGCUGUGGAUUUUUUCCUUUGUUUUUGCAUGGUAUUUGGAUGGUGUCAUUUUAAACAAGUAUUGCUUGCUUUAGUUUGUUUCCCCAUAGAUUCACUUUAUCUGGACAAAAAUGUAAAGAUCAAUAAUAUUUAUUUCAGCAUCUUCUAGGAUAUAUAUAUCCAAUCUUUUUCUUCCUUUUUUCGUGUUCAUAUCCUCUUUGAUUUUAGAGGCUGACAUUGAGUGUACUGUAAAAUACAAAUGUGAGUGGCUUAACUCCUGUUUAUUUGAACAAAAUGUAGAAUUUAAAUUGCUUGAGAAUGCACAGUCUCAGUAUUUACUGUAAUUUCCUCUCGGGGUAGUAAUUUGAUGUGAAUCUGUCUUCAAUAACGUGUUUGCAAUUGCCAAGCCACUGUUGCCUGCAGUAAGAUCUAUAAUUAUUGGUUAAUGUUGUGAUGUUACUCUUCAGCAAAGGUACUUUACUUUUCUUGAAGGUAUGAUAAAUGAACAUUUUUUGGUAUUUUAUUCAUGAUUUAAGGUUUGAUUGAUUAGUUGACCACCACCUCUAAUGAAGCAGGAACAGGCUGCACUUGUUCCAGAGCUCUAAUGUAUAAUUAGAAGAAAUACUUUCUGAACGAUAUAUGGAAAGUCUUAUACUAAAUUAGUAAAUUCACCAUCUAAAAUUUUUUACUGCGGAGUACUUAUUUUAUUUCAUCGUUUCACCGUCAUGUAAUGACUCCGAAUUUUUAUUUGUAUAUUAUAGAUUUUAUUUUGAUGGAUUAUUGGACCACGUAGAAACAAUUUACUCAAGCUUCCUACAAAUACAGAAGGUUCUACAACGCUCACAAGUAGACGUCCAGUGACAUGAAGCAUCUGACUCUUGGCUCCUCUAUUGUGUAGAGGGAAUGUUACACAUAUUUGAACUGCAUUUUACUUGCGUUUGAUCCUUCUGCCAGCAGAUGGGAGAAGUCUGAAUAUGGUGUCUGGUGUACAGUACCAGAAACAAUAUGUAAAGCAUAGAGCAUGCGUCUUGUCGUGACUAGAGCCAGCACUGAGCUGGUGUGAGCACUAUAUUGGAUAAAUAAAAAGCAAUAAUAGGUUCA